CUCGCUACUCCAUCCAAACCGAAGAUGGCGCGGCCUGUUGUAACGCUUACUGUAAUUCCUUUGAGUGUGCUUUGAUUUUGCUGUGAGACUUGUUUUGAUCGAAAAUGUUGAGAUAAAUGAGAAAAGUAUCUCAGCCAGCAUUUUGGAUGCAUUUUGAGAUCCUCUAUUAGGUUUAGGAUCUUAUAAUUGGCGUAAAUUUUCAAAAAUCAAAUCUGCCCUUGAGGAUUUUUAUUUAUACAAACGUCUAAGCGUGUGUUUUCGAUCCUGCUUACCUCAAUUGUUUACAAUAUUCGCCUGCUUAACUGAAGUGUUACAUUAUGGUCAUGGCAUUGGAGUUAAGAUUACAUAGCCCUGCUGGUACAGAGCCUAAUGUUUACAAGUGGCCAUUAACUUCUGGACGGGGAGCAGACAGAAUAGAUGGGGCCAUAGAGUUGGUGGAAACCAUACGAUGGGUUGGCGAGGAUUUCCCCGAGAUGGCGACUGAAAGCAACAUUCUCAGCGGUUAUGAUACAAAAAGUUAUGAAAGUAUGAAAAACUUGGUAGACAAAUAUAAUCGAGCUAUCGACACCAUUCUUCAAUUGGAGAAAGAAGCGGGGCGCCCUAUGGAUCGGCUAAAUCGUCGUCCUUCGAGAGGCUUGUUGCGUCACAUCCUCCAACAAGUGUACAAUCAAGCCGUAACAGAUCCCGAUAAACUCAAUCAGUAUGAACCAUUUUCACCUGAGGUGUACGGGGAGACGUCAUACGAUUUAGUCUGCCAAAUGAUCGAUCACGUAAAUGUGACAGAGGAGGACACUUUUAUUGACCUUGGUUCAGGGGUUGGUCAGGUAGUUCUACAAGUGGCUGCUUCCACCCCUUGUAAAAUGGCCUGGGGUGUGGAGAGGUCUGAAUGGCCCAAUCGCUACGCCGAGAAUAUGGAUUUCCACUUUAAACGGCUGAUGCGGUGGUGGGGAAAGCGCUAUGGAGAAUACCAGUUGAUCAAAGGAGACUUUCUGGACCAGCGUCAUACCGAGAAGGUUAACUCGGCCAAUAUAAUUUUCGUCAACAACUUUGCUUUCGGUCCCAACCUUGACCAUCAGCUCAAAGAACGAUUUGCUGAUCUCAGAGAUGGUGCGCGUAUCGUCUCAUCCAAAGCAUUUUGUCCACUAAACUUUAGGAUAACUGAUCGUAAUCUGAGUGAUAUAGGCACAAUUAUUCACGUCUCAGAGUUAUCCCCUCUACGUGGUUCGGUUUCUUGGACUGGGAAACCUGUAUCAUACUAUCUCCACAUUAUUGAUCGAACUAAAUUGGAGCGCUAUUUUAAUCAGCUAAAUCAUCAGCAGGUGAAAAAACCAAAAAUCAAGGAAGAAGAAAACAAUACAGCGGUAGUGGUUAGCCGUAACAAAAAGGAUAUCAACCGAUUGUUGCAGAGCGAUACGUCAUCGAAUGAUUCAGUAACACAAUCACAGCCACCCCUCGUUGAGGAAGAAGGUCUCAAUAUGCCAAUGAUGGAAAGUGGCGUGAAUUCGACUGGUGGCCCUACGACGCGAAGAGCAUGGCAAGACUGGUGUAAGAGUAGCAACAAUAGCAACCAUGACAGUCAGAGUGAAGCAGAUGAAGUUGGUUAUGUAGCAAAAAAAAUCGUGAAAAAGAAGCCAGGAAAAACCGGCAUCGCAGCUAAAGGCGGUCCCGGCCGCAAACCUCGUGGCCGAGUUGGUAAAAGAGGAGGAGGUCCACGUAACAAGAGAAAGAUACAAAUAACGGGUUUGGACCUGCUUCACACUCAAACACUGCUCAGCACAACUUCUCCUCAGGGUCAAAAGCUCCCGCCUGCUCCUGGGUGCAUUGAUCAACAACUCCCCUGGAACAUUUUGCCAGGUGCUAUUCCUGUUCAUGAGGAAAUCCCGCCUAACCAACCUAUCGUUGCAAAUGACGCAACAAAUGUUCCACGUGCACUUCAAGCUUAUUUGGACACUGUUCGUAAUCAAAUGAUGGCGGCAUUAUCCCAGUUCAAGGAUCCGGAACACCGAAAAGCUAUACUUCGAGAAAUAGAAUUUGAGCGUGAACGAAAAAAUGCGCUGAACUCACAGGCAGCCCAAUUAGACAAACAAGUACAAAAGUUGAUAGACGACAGUGUAGCUUUAUUGCGCUCGAGAUUUGCUGAACUGGGAAUAGAAUUUGAAAAUCCUGCUGACAUUUUAAAUAAAGCUAAUGAAAUAGCCAUGCGCCAUAAAGAAUUACGAGCUCAAAGCACUGAUCUCCAAAAUCAGGUUUCGUAUUUGAUGCAAAAUGAGAUUGAGCUACGACAGCAACAAGAAAUAAUAAACCGUGGAAGAAAGUUGAGUCGGUUGAAUGGGGAUGUCAGCGACAUGUCUACCCUGAAUCAAGAAUCUAUUCUAAAAGAGAUCUCAAUUGCGUUGCAUCAGCGCAAGAUGCUAAGCUGCCAAGUUAACAAGUUAACGACAGAAGUAACAACUUUGGAACGUACUACUUCUCUAGCACCUGCAUUUCUCUCACGAUCGGCUGUUCCCACGUCAAGCUCGUCACAUCAGACUAGUUCCUCCACUUCAGUUGCACCACUGAACGGCUUUACUAUUCCCGUCACAGUAGCACAAGUCCAGCCAUCUCCAACAACCAAGCCCGCGCCGCCCGUCCAGCCACAACCACGUAAGCCUAACUCUGCAGGAAACAUUCGCCGGAAUCAAGAAUGGCCUGAUAUACCGGAAAUAGGCAAGAUUGAGGAAAAGAAUCCAGAGAUUCUAGCGAAGAAAAUACUUGAGACGGGCAGGCAAAUUGAAGCUGGCAAGUAUGGUACUGAAUUGACAUCUCGAGGACAGAACGCAGUUGUUGAGAGGAAAUCUCAGUCUUCAGAAAAGAACCGGAAUUCAAAUAGGAUAUCUCGACCGUCCAGUGUUACUAAAAUGCCGACCACAACAAUAGCUCAAUCACAAACACCUACAUCUCCUCCGCCACAACCUCAGCACCCGACCAGCAAUAAAGCAAUUUCACAAACCGACAGCACUCCACGUGGUUAUGACUUUGAGGAUCGUUUAAAGAAUCUCAUCACUAGCGUAUUGAAUGAUAAGACAAAUCCUGCUACUGCAAGCCCAUCCACACAUGACUCGUCAUUUGCGUCCUCUCAGUUCAAACAGUAUACCGCUCCCAAGUUUGCGGAGCCGGAACGCGAAGGACUUUUUGCACGGGCUCCCCCCAAGUCAUCACUAACAACCCACCAUCAACAAACAACGCAACAACCCGAUUAUACACAAUUCUCUCCAGCUAAGCUGGCUCUUCGUCGGCAUUUAUCCCAAGAAAGGUCAUACCCUCCUCAUUAUCAACAGGGCAAACCAACCGACUUAAACUAUAUUCGGAGCGUUGGAGAUCUAGUGACAGGUGAAAUCGAGCGAAGUUUGGAAUCAGCUUCAGUGAAUAAUUUGGCAAUUCCCGUUAAUCAAGCAAAUAUCGGGAGACAAAUGUACUCCCCGAUAUCCCGUCCGAAUAGUACGGACUGCCAUACAACGACGACGACCAGUUCAAACCACGCAAAUCAUGUUCAUGUCGUUUCACUUCUUCCAACUGUCACCACCCCAUCAUCGGAAUGCGUUGAGGAAGGAUUGGCGGCUUCGCUUCGCGACUGCUUAAGAACUCCUGCUGAAGAUAUGCAGGAGCCUGUGGGUUCUUCCUCUUCCACUGCAGAACAAAAGGAUCAGACAGUUGGUAGUGGUGUAGAUGAAUCACCGAACAAAAGGAAACGCCUUAGUGUCGACUUGAAUCCCGACAUAUCACGAGAGAAGAAACAAGCGGGGGAAACGCACACUCAGAAGUGGCAAGACAAAUUUGACAGCCGAUUCGACAGAAUCUUUACUUUUGCUUCUACUGAAAUGGACAAGCGCCGAAGAAGUACGGAAAGUUGUUCUCCGCGCACCGAACCGUUCUCAUCUCCUCGUGGUAAGGAACCUAUAGGAAUGACGCCGAAUGAGUCCACGAGCAACGAAAGAACACCCGACAGAAAAUCUGACUCGAAAUCGAGUCAUUCUUCGAGAAAAGACAAACAGAAGGAAUCGAAAACAUCUGAAAAGAAACGGGACAAAUCUAGAGAUCGUGACAAAAGCAGUCGGAGUAAGUCUAGUCGUGAAAAAGAUCGCGAGAAAGACAAAGACAGGGAUAAGGAACAUCGCAAGCAUAGCAGCAGUAGUAAACACAGUCACAACCACGAGAAGAAAAAGGCAGAGGUCAGCGUUGUGGAUAAAGAAAGAGAAAAGGAGAAAGACAAAGAAAAGGACAAAGACAAGGACAAGGUGAGAGAAAGAGAAAAAGAGAAAGACAAAAAAGAAAGUAAUGAAAAGAGAUCGGAUGAGCGUGCUGAAAAGCACAAACACCGUGAUAAAGGCAGAGAACGAGAUAGGCAUCGAGAAAAGCAUCGUGAUCGGGAGCCAAGGAGUUCCAAAGAAACGAAAUUACCCAAAAUGAAACAAGAGAGAAAAGAAGAAAGCAAUUCGGCAACUGAAUCGGUUGAAAAGGUUAGAAGUAUUAAAAGCCAAGAAGAAGAAUUUAAAGAAGAACGAUCCAAUAACGAAGCACCCAACUGUCAAUUGACAACACUGCAGACUGACUCGGUUGUUGUAAACGAGGCGUCUGUCAAUGGUACAGUUAAAAUGGAAGAGGAAAUGACAGAUGAAAGACUACACGAGUAUAAUAACGAAGGACAUCACCACUUCAAAAAACGAAUGGUGCAAAGCCAAAUGGACUGGCAAAGUGGCGAUGCUGAACCACGAAGAGAUGAGAAAUAUCACCAGCCACCAGUAGAUGUGAAACCGGAUUCCAGCCUCGGAUUGGACACUUACCUUGGACACCCUACAUCCCAUCAAGUCACAACUACACUAAAAAAUCCUCCUUCUAAUCCUGUAACCGAUGAGUAUCCAUCGCAAAAGCAAUAUUCUAAAAGGAAACAUGCGGACUGGAGCACGCAGGCAACUCCGGCAGCUGCCCAACUGAGUCAAACGGAUUCUAGCGCUUUUCUGAGGACGGGCUUGGAAAUCAAGGCUGACUCCUCAUCUACUCAGCAUCAGCAUCCAACCAGUAGCAAUCCACCACGUGGUUUUUCAAAUUUGAAUACUGGAGCUCCACUUCCCCAUCCAGCUUCGACAAAACUUCCGCUACUUCCGCAACCUCAUGCUCCUCUUCCGUCUGUUACGAUGAAUAUUCCGUAUUCUUCUUCGACUUAUGAUCUGCCAUCUUCUGAUAUAAAUUCUCAAUCAUAUUCACGACAGUUUCAACAAACCAGUAGUCAGGGUGGACCUCAUUCCUAUGGUGAAUCAAACUACUUGACAGUUCCAAGACCCGGUUAUUACCCACAGCAACACAGCUUCGUUACUACGUCUCAGCCGUUCGCCAAUACGGGAAGUAUGCCUCAUAGUGGGUCACCGGUUUUUAGCAAUGCCAGCAGUGGGAAUCCCGUGAGCCAGUACUACAACCAUCAAAACCAACCUAUUGCUUAUUCAGGUCACCCACCUCAUUAUCUACAACAAUCACGAGGAAAUUCAACAGCUGAAUAUACUAGUACCUCCAAUUAUUCCCGUUCUGGGUCUUCGGGGUCAGUAUCAAUCCCUUCUCAGUUCCACGAUUCAUCAAAUCCAUAUGGGACAGCUCCGUAUCGCACUCGAGGAGCUCCUACCCAAACAUCAGGUACACAUCAACCUGGAUCUUCAGCUCACGAUUCAGGCCGUCUUCCAUAUAUGCACCAGUGAGCGCCAUUCUGCCCUAAGAGGGCUUAACUAAUGACUUUCCUUCUCCUAUCCACUUAACAACGUACCAUUUGUGUUCCGAUUGCUCAGAGUUAUUAUCGUUAAAGCAUAGUGCUCAUCACUGCCCGUCUGCCGUUUGAAUAAUCGAAUUGGUUCAUAGUUGGAAGGCUAACAAAACGUGGAUUCAAAGCCUUACUAAAAGAUGAGAACCGUUUAUUUUGAACAAUUAAUUUUAUUGUUUAUGCGCAAUUUUGGUUACCUCUAGGCGCCGUUCAUGUGUUUAUGUGUUCCAUGCAAAAAAUUGCAUGAUUUCUUUCUUGGCAAUUUGUCUCUCUUCCUCCCCGUACUCUCUAUUUAAUUUCUACAUCGAUGAAUUAAAGGCGCACGUAAGCUCGUCUUAACUAUCCUCAGGCCAUAUAAUUCGCACUAAUGAUUUCGAUUCUGUAAAAGCUGUCGAACGAGUCAACUUGGGUUUUAUGGGCCCUUAUCUUUCUCGACAGUUACCCACAAUUCUUAAUAAACUGAUUUCCCUUG